CGGGGAGGGAUAGGCCCCGCCCCCUUCCCUUCCCCUCAGUCCUUCUUCUGCCGCCCUCGCGCCCGCCCGGCCUGAGUCCCGCUCCCGCCGCGCCCUGAGGAGGAGCUCCCGAGCCCGGCUCCUGAGGCCGAGAAGGAAGGAAGGAAGGAAACAAGGCAGGCAGGAGCGCCCUCCUCUCCUCUCCUCCCUCCCCGCGCCUCUUGGCUUGACUUCCGCCGGGCAGGCCUCCCUCGCCUUUCCCUCAGCGCGGGCCAUGAGCGGCUGGAGCUGCUACAUCGACAGCCUGAUGGCGGACGACACGUGCCAGGACGCGGCCAUCGUGGGAUACAAGGAGGCGCCCUCCGUCUGGGCCUCCGCCCCCGGAAAGACCUUCGCCUCCAUCACGCCGGCGGAGGUGAACACUCUGGUGGGGAAGGACCGGAGCAGCCUCUUUGUGAACGGCCUGACGCUGGGGGGCCAGAAGUGCUCCGUCAUCCGGGACAGCCUCCACACGGACGGGGAGUGCACCAUGGACCUCCGGACAAAGAGCACCGGCGGGGCCCCCACCUUCAACAUCACAGCCGCCAUGACCAACAAGACGAUAGUGCUGGUGAUGGGCAAGGAGGGCGUCCACGGCGGCUGCGUCAACAAGAAGUGCUACGAGAUGGCCAACCACUUGCGGCGGUCACAGUAUUGACCGUCCCUCCGGACCCCCCUCGGGCCCCCUCCUCCUCCUCCUCUCUCUUCUCUCUCUCUCUCUUUCUCUCUCUCUGCCUUGACCCUCCUGCGGUACAACUACUGAUGAUGAUGACGACGAAGAUGAAGAAGACGGAAGAGGAAGAAGAACAGCAGCGGAAGGAGGAGGGGGGGCCUCUUGGAAGGCGGCUUCCUGGACCAUCGAGGGACCCCCCCCUCCCUCCCUCCCUCCCUCGGCGCCACCGGAUCUGCCGCAUUGAAUAUGAUUCCAGCUCCUCCCUCUUCCUCUGCCAUGUUUUGUUCUAACCCCCCCUCCCUCCCCCCCCCCCCAAUUCUUCCCUUUUUUGCCAUUUGUUUUUUCUAUCACACAAACACAAGAAAAAAAAUCCUUAUUAUCGCUGCCAAAUUUUCUGGUCGUUACAAGGUGUAGUUUUUUUGGUUAAGAAAACUAUAUUGGAUCAAGGAAAAGAAAACCGAAUAAAAGAAAUCGAGGUUCUAAAA